GAGUAGAAGUGGCCCGACCAGUCCCUUCCCUUCGUGGCCGGCACAUGUGGAACAACAGUGCCUCUGGAAGGAGGAGGGACGUUUCGGCUCUCGCGGGUCAUUCGCGCAUCGGACGCCGUCAACGAGAGACCAGCGGGAUCGGACUUGCCGGCGCAGCGGGCGCGUGCACACAGGGUGCGGCAAGAUGAAGAUGGCGGCGCUGCUCCUCGUCGUGCUGCUGGUGGCCGCAGUGGCGUGGGCGUUCCCCGACGGGGCACCGGUGGGCGCCUGCGACUCCUUCAUGCCCCGGCACGGAACCACAGCGGCACUGCCGAAUCCCACCACCCCGUACGCCGUGGUGCAGUCGAAGGCGCACUACAACCCCGGCGACAUCGUCACUGUGACAGUGACGACGAGUGGCCCGUCCUUCAAGGGCUUCAUCGUACAGGGCUUCAACCCGCAGACGCGCGAGGUGAUUGGCGAAUUCCUGGGCGGCCCGGGAACGCACGUGAUUCCGCAGUGCUCUGCCAUCACGCAUGAAAACAACCGGAACAAGAAGGCGGCUACGCUCAACUGGAAAGCACCGCUAAACUCUGGACCUGUCAUGUUUAGGGCCACUGUUGUCAAAUCCUUCACGGAGUUCUACGCCAACCUGCUAAGUCAAAGUGCAGGCUACUGAAAAGAGAAUUCCAUGGACUUUACACAGGGAACCAUCGGCCAUAGCGUAUUUACAAUGUGCGAUACUGCGGCAUUUCACUUAGCUCUGUGCUAAAUCACAAACGUGUAUUCUCGUAUUUUUUAAAAGUUCUUUUGAGUUGUUUUUUUCUCGCGAACCACACUGCCUUCUGUAAAUAAAUCGCCUCUUUUUUUUGCGUCGA